GGCGGCGUAGGUCAAUUUUCAGCUAGCCCCAUCCCUGGCCCUUGUGGCCCUUGUGGCCCUUGUGGCCCUUGUGGCCCUGGGGGCCCUGGGGGCCCUGGCGGCCCUGAUCAAGGCCCUGCAGGGGAUUCAGGACAAGUUUGUCAGUUUUUUGUCAAGUCUGGCUGGUGCAAAUGGGGAGAAGGUUGCCGACAUGCCCACGUGGCGGGGCCAGACACUCCCAAUGGAGGAGGUCCUGGUGCUGGUGGUGCCAAAUCGGGUGAGGUCUGCCAAUUCUUUGCUAAAUCAGGCUGGUGUAAGUACGGCGACCAAUGCAGGCAUGAGCACAUCGCCGGACUGAGUGACGCACAACCUGCAAACGAACCCUGCCGCUUCUUUGAAAAAGCUGGCUGGUGCCAAUAUGGCGACCAGUGCAGAUAUAAGCACAUCGCUGGUCCUGACACGCCUAGCCCUGGCUGUGGUGGCUGUGGCGGCUGUGGCCCUGGUGGCUGUGGCAAGGGCGCAAAGGGCUGUGGAAAGGGCUGUGGAAAGGGCUGUGGGAAGGGCGGGCCUGGUCCUGGAGGACCUGGAGGACCUGGAGGACCUGGGUGUGGACCUGGACCCGGAUUUCACGGUUCCGACUACGGAUACCAGGAUUACAGCGGUGGAUGCGGCGGAUGCGGCGGAUGUGGUGGAUGUGGUGAAUGUGGUGGAUGUGGCGGUCCAGAUGGAAACGAGCCCUGUCAGUUCUUUGCCAAGCAUGGUUGGUGCAAGUACGAGAACACUUGUAAGUAUGCUCACUCUGCUCAGGACUUUCCGACAGAGCCGAACCCGCCACCUCCACCGGCUAAAAGGGAAUUGACUGCAGCAGACGAAGAAAUUGCUGCUGCUGCCCUUGUCGCUACUGCUGGAAUGCUGAAAGCUGAAUCCGUCGGUUUGCUGCUCUCAGCAGAUGCGAUCACUGCAAUUCUUACCAUACCAUCAUCGCAUGCAUCUGAGCUGUUGGAGUCAGUCUCAGCAAAGCAUGAGACUCUUAGAGAUCCAUCAAACUAUAUUGUGUCUACCAUUUCGAAAGGUUAUGUCCCCAAAGGGCCGCAGUACUGAAAGGAUCUGAAAGGAUCUGAAAGGAUCUGAGAGCUUUAGGGUCUUAGGGGCGAUCAGGCCCGACUCUAGUUCGAGACUAUGGAACAAGCAAAGCCCGUGCAC